GACAGGGCUCCCCAAGCUCUCUAUCAGCAGCCUUCCUGGUGGUAUCCCAGCAGGGAGACUUGCUCUCCCAUUCGAUGGAUGGAGAAACUGAGGCUGGGACAGGAGACAUGACUUCCCUGGCAGGAUGGGGUAGGGGCUGAAGGCUGGGCAGUCAGACUGCUGGGGUUGCUGUCUCUGAGUGGAAUAGCGGUGUGACCUGCGGGAGUGGUAUAACUCCUCCAGGCCUCAGUUUCCACAUCUCUAGAAUGGGCACUGUUGACACACCCACCUCCCAGUUGUGGUGAGAGUGAGUGAAAUGUUCAGUGCCUGGUCCCCAGCUGGGAUUGGUAAACGUGAACUAGUGAUGUCAUUCGUUAACUCAUUGAUGCAUUCAUUCAGCAGUUAUUUCCUGAGUAUCUACAACAGUACCAGGGGAGCCUGACAGAGCCAGACAGGAGCCCUGCCCUCAUGGAGCCAGGGAGGGCCCCGUCAGGGACGGUAGAGGGAUGUCUGUGAUCCCGGAGCAGACCCAAGCUGGCCUGACUCCUUCCCACAGUGACCUCGCUGGACUCGAGUUGUCACGACCAGUUCUGAAGAGGGAGGCUCAGAGAGAAGCAACUUCUCAAGGCCGCCUGGGCCGCGUGGCAGGGUGCAGAUUCAGACCAAAAGCCCCUAGGAGCGCAGGGCCGCCUCCCGGGGCACCAGCAGAGCAGAGAGGGACAGGACACCUGAGGAGACACUCUGUGCCCAGGGCUAGCUCUGAGCACGGCCCCUCCCGCAGGGCACCCCCUCCACCCAGGACAGACCAGGGAGCUCAAGAUCUGCCCCUGGAGUGGGGGCUGGGGGCGGGCAAGGCGGCCUCGGCCAGAAAGAUGGUUCUGCCACCCUGCAGGGAGCCCCCCACCCCUCGCCCCGUGCAGGGCUUUGGGGUGUGGGCAGGGGCGAGGGCUUCCUCCUCGGGCCCUGCAGAGUCAGGGUAGACAGGGGAGGUGGACAAAGGCCCCGCGGGGGAGCGGCACGGUGGCCCUGCGGCCUGGGAACAAGAGCAGCUUUGUGGGACCGUGGACAAUGGGUAGUGGCCGGUGUCCGAUCCCAGGGCUGGGGGCGGGGCGCUGGGAGCCGUGAGGGCGUCUGGGCGUCCGGGCCUCCUCCGCCCCAGUGCGGCCCUGGCUCCCCUCCGCAAAGGGCCACAGUGCGUUGGGGGUGGGGGGAGAUUGGAGACCGUAUUCAGGCCCCACAAUGGAGCUCUGUCUGCUGGCAACUGAGGUGAAGGGGGGCGCCCUGCUUCUGGCCCAUCGGCCCACAUUCCCUUGCUUCCCUCCCAGCUGUCCAGACACUUGGGUCCCCAGGGGAGGGGGAAGGCUGGGAGCUCCAGGCUCCGGGACCCCCAGGAGGUGGUGGCUCCGUGGAACCCCCAGGAGGCAGAGCAGAGGAUGGCUGGAGCCUGAAGGGACGGGUGCUGAGGACCCUGGAUGUUUGGGGCAAAGAAUAGAGGGGCUGCGGGUGGAGGUGGCAGACCCCAGAGCGCUGGCAUUGGCGUCGGUUUCUAUGGCAACAGUGAGACCAGCGAUGGGGUGUCCCAGCUCAGCUCUGCACUACUGCGUGCCAACCACACGCUCACCGCCAUCGACCACCUGGUGCUAGAGAUGGUGGAGAGGCUGGACGAGGCCGUGAGGACGGAGCUGACCACGCUGGAGGAGGUGCUGACGCAGCGCACAGAGCUGGUGGCCGCCGCCCGGGGCGCCCGGCGGCAGGCGGAAACCGUGGCCCAGCAGCUCCAGGGGCUGGCCUUCUGGCGGGGGGUGCCCCUGAGCCCCCUGCAGGUGGCCGAGAAUGUGUCCUUCGUAGAGGAGUACAGGUGGCUGGCCUACGUCCUCCUGCUGCUCCUGGAGCUGCUGGUCUGUCUCUUCACCCUCCUGGGCCUGGCGAGGCAGAGCAAGUGGCUGGUGAUCGUGAUGACGGUGAUGAGUCUCCUGGUUCUGGUCCUGAGCUGGGGCUCCAUGGGCCUGGAGGCAGCCACAGCCGUGGGCCUCAGUGACUUCUGCUCCAGUCCAGACAGCUACAUCCUGAACCUGACCCAGGAGGAGACCGGCCUUGGCUCAGACAUCCUGAACUACUAUUUCCUCUGCAACCAGGCCGUCUCCAACCCCUUUCAACAGAGGCUGACUCUGUCCCAGCGAGCUCUGGCCAACAUCCACUCCCAGCUGCAGGGCCUGGAGCGGGAAGCUGUGCCCCAGUUCCCUUCUGCGCAGAAGCCUGUGCUGUCCUUGGAGGAGACGCUGAAUGUAACAGAAGGGAGCUUCCACCAGUUGGUGGCACUGCUACAUUGUCGUGGCCUGCACAAGGAUUAUGGCUCAGCCCUGCGCGGCCUGUGUGAAGACACCCUGGAAGGACUGCUCUUUCUGCUUCUCUUCUCCCUUCUGUCUGCUGGGGCCCUGGCCACCGUCCUCUGCAGCCUGCCCCGAGCUUGGGCCCUCUUCCCACCCAGUGACGACUACGAGGACACAGACGAUGAUGACCCUUUCAACCCUCAGGAAUCCAAGCGCUUCGUGCAGUGGCAGUCAUCAAUCUGAGCCCUUUCUCCAGUCCAGACUGGAGCCUGGUCUCCGUCUCUGUUCCUUCCCCGGCUGCCGGAGAAGACCCCACUAACCCAGCCUUACUGGGCUCCCACCACUAACAACGCCCUGGCCACGGACACCUUAAACAGGACUGCCUCCCUGCCCUGCCCUUCUCCGUGUCCUUAGCCCUGGAAGUAAGCCUGGGGAGCAGGCCAGGGUCUGGGGGCCUGGUGGGGAGAGGGGAGAAAGCCAGCCCCGCCACCCCUCAUCCCUGGAGGGAUGAGAGUGCCCUCCGGCCUGUGCCACACCCCAGAGGACUUAGGGCCCCUGCUCUCCACUUGCAGCACCCAACCUGGGAAUGGGCUGAUUUGAAAUAAAAGGGAAGACUUUAUUUUA